AUGGACUCGCCCGUCCUCAACCAGCUGUUCCGACAGCUCUUCCGCCAUCCGGCUUGCCAGUCAUUACGGCAUUCACCAUCCCCAUUUACGAGGCAGUCUCGUACAUUUCUCACCCGCCGCACUGCCGUGAAACGGAAGUCUCAGGACCAUGGCACGCUCUGGACAAAAAGAGGCGACCAGGCCAGGAACAUCGAUCACGAAUACUGGACUUACCCGCAGGUGACCGCGAAUGAGCUGCGUAAUCGGAGCGAGCGCCCGCGGCAGGUCAAGAUGUUGACGCGCGAGUUCAUCGAUGACAGCUUGUACAAUCCGCACUAUGGCUACUUCUCCAAACAUGCGACUAUCUUCACGCCCGGCGAACCCUUCGAUUUCAAUAACAUUGAGGAUGGGCCAACCUUCCAAUCGCUCCUCGGAGAGCGCUACGUCGAAUUCGAGGACGAGCUUGACAAAACCAACCCCGAUGAAGCGAGGCAACUUUGGCAUACUCCGACGGAACUUUUUCGCCCGUAUUAUGGAGAGUCGAUCGCGCGUUACCUCGUUUCGAACUACAAGCUCACCUUGUAUCCAUAUCACGAUUUAAUAAUCUACGAAAUGGGUGCCGGUAACGGAACCAUGAUGUUGAACAUCUUGGAUUUCAUCCGCGACACAGAUUAUGAGGUGUACCAGCGGACCAAGUACAAGAUUAUUGAGAUUUCGUCCUCACUGGCGGAUCUCCAGAUGAAGAACUUGAUGGAUACGCUCGAGUCAGCGGGCCACCGGGACCGUGUUGAGAUCGUGAACAAGUCGAUCUUUGACUGGGAUACAUAUGUGCAUUCACCAUGUUUCUUCCUGGCCCUAGAAGUCUUCGAUAAUUUCUCCCAUGACACCAUUCGCUAUGACACACGGACCGGGCUCCCGCAGCAGGGUGGAGUGCUUGUCGACUCGGACGGCGAGUUCCACGAGUUCUACAACACCAAGCUGGACCCCGUGGCGGCUCGAUUCUUGCGAGUGCGUCAAGCUGCAGCUCGUCGUCCUUUCCCCAGUCCGCUUGGCCACCCCUACCUCCGUGGCCUGCGUUCCCUGUCUCCUUUCCGCAAGGACUACACCCAACCCGAGUAUAUUCCGACGCGACUCAUGGAAUUCUUCGAUAUCCUGAACCAGUAUUUCCCAGCGCAUCGUCUCGUGGCAAGUGACUUCAAUGUUUUGCCUGAUACAGUGCCGGGAUUGAAUGCACCCGUUGUCCAGACGCGAUACAAGCGGAAGACUGUGACGGUGUCGACUCCCUUUGUUCACCAAGGCUAUUUUGAUAUCUUCUUCCCCACUGAUUUCAACAUUAUCGAAGAUGUCUACCGUGCCGUGACUGGCAAAUUGACGCAAGUCACGACCCACGAAGACUUUAUGAGCCGAUGGGCUUACAUUGAGGAUACGGAGACGCGGAACGGCGAGAACCCGCUGCUCUUCUGGUACAAGAACGCCAGUAUGUUGAUGACAGUGUAG